CUGAUCCGCACCCCCUGACGACAGAGCGCCAACGAUGGAAGGCCGCAGGCGGGCCGGCUCGGCCGCCGACCUGGUCAACUGGUACGACUACUACGCGGCGGGUGGCCAGCGUUCCGAGGGUCUGGUGGCCAGCGGAGAGCACUUCACGCUCAACGGAUUAGAGGUUCAGGUGUUCAGCGGGGCCGUACACUACUUCCGCGUGCACCCGGCCUACUGGCGCGCCACGCUGCGUAAGCUGCGCGCCGCCGGCCUCAACACGGUCGAGACGUACGUCGCCUGGAACCUGCACGAGCCGCAGCGGGACGUGUACGACUUCGGCGACGGCGGCGGCGACAUGUCUGAGUUCCUCGACCUGGCCGGUUACUUGAAGAUCGCCCAAGAGGAAGACCUGUUUGUGAUCCUGCGUCCUGGACCGUACAUCUGCUCAGAAUGGGACUUUGGUGGCCUGCCCAGUUACCUGUUGGGUCAGUACAACGUGCACGUACGCUCAGCCGACGACUUCUACAUGGCCCGGGUAGAGAAGUGGCUCAGCCAGCUGCUGCCCAAGGUCACUGAGCUUCAGUUCACCAAAGGCGGCCCGAUCAUAGCUGUCCAGGUGGAGAACGAGUUUGGCGCGUUCGGGUACAGCGACUUUCCGCGAGACCGGCGCUACUUGGACCAGGUGAAGCAGCUGCUGGAGCAGCACGGCAUCACCGAACUGCUGUUCACGUCCGACUCACCGGCCAACUCCGGAGACAUGGGCUCGUUACCCGGCGUGCUGCAGACGGCCAACUUCCAGAAGGACGUCGAGGCGCAGCUGGCGGCGUUGCGUCGGCUACAGCCGGACCGGCCGCUCAUGGCCAUGGAGUUCUGGACGGGCUGGUUCGACCACUGGCUGGCGCCAUUCAAAGCCGGUCUCGACGCUGCUGCGUUUCGGGAGAUCCUGGACGUCAUCCUGCAGAGCAACUCCUCUGUGAACAUGUACAUGUUCCAAGGCGGCACCAACUUCGGCUUUAUGGCUGGAGCAAACUGGGUCAACGUCAACCCCAACUUCACCCCAGACACAACCAGCUACGACUACGAUGCCGUCCUAACCGAGGGUGGCUGCUACACUGAGAAGUACAACAUCACCAAGGAACUCCUGCAAAAGCACUCAAUCAUUAAAAACCUGAAACCUGUCGAGCAGCCGGAGGAGAAUCCGGUGAAGGCAUACGAUUUUGUCCAGCUGAAGGAAGCCAUCUCGAUGGAGGUGCUGCGAGACCAGCUGACCGCGGAGAGGAGUGACCAGCUGCUGAACAUGGAGAACCUGUCGGUGAACAACGGCUCCGGCCAGAGCUACGGCCUAGUCUGGUACAGAGCCAACGUCACCACCGCAAACAGCUCGAAGCUCACCAUUCGGGGUCAUGUCAGGGAUGUGGCGCUUGUUGUCAUAGACGGCCAACUACUCACCAAGAAACCGGAAAAUGUUGCUGCCCUGGAGUCCUUCGGGUACUGGCCUCUCAAAGACGCUUCAAUAACGUUGCCAUGUGCGGCUGGCGACCACGUUCUGGACAUCCUGGUGGAGAAUAUGGGUCGCGUCAACUACGGAGAGCCCCACGUCCUAGACUUCCAACGGAAAGGGCUGUAUGAGGGGCCGGUGGAGAUUGAUGGUGCAGCUGUCACGGGCUGGGAAAUAUAUCCCAUGGAGAUGAAGAAAGACUGGAUCAACAAACUGCAGCAGUGGACGCCCCUGGGCGACGCGUCAGUUGCACUGCCCACGAUGCUGCGGGGCACGCUGAAGGUGGACGAGCCGGCCGACACGUACCUGGACAUGCGCCAGCUCACCAAGGGCGUCGUGUUCGUGAACGGAUUCAACCUGGGCCGGUACUUAACAGCGGGCCCGGUGUUCACGCUGUACCUCCCGGCACCGCUGCUCUCGGUCGGUGACAACCAGAUUGUCGUAUUCGAGGAGUUUGGAACCGAAGACCCGGUGAUCAACUUCUCGACCCAUGCGAUCACCCUCGAGACGAAAGCGGUCAGCAAAGACUGGGCGCCCAUCUACCCGUAGCCUGUCGACCUGUUCGCGGCGGCGGCCGCGCCGCUCCGCCCUUCUCUCGGCGCUGCCCGCUGGGCUGACCGUGUCUGGCGCUUGCGGCACGGACCGGCCCUGCCUGGACGGUCACCUCCUGCCGUCUGCCAGUCACCUGCUACCGUCUGCCCGUCACCUGCUACCGUCUGCCACAGGCACCUGCUACCGUCUGCCACAGGCACCUGCUACCGUGUGUCAGUCGCCUGUGACCGUCUGCCACAGGCACCUGUGACCGCCUGCCACAGUCACCUGUGGCCAUCUGCCACCCGCAUUCCUCCCCUCCCCCUCCCCCCCCCCCCCCCCCUGAAGGAUCGUUCGCCAUCGGUUUGGGCAACACAGACGCCUCACUUCAAAUUUGCCCUCGGCGAACAACAUGACCGGAAUCAAUCGAGUGAGCGCUAAAAACCACCGAGUCGAAUAGCCAUACGUUCAGACUUGCACACUGCCAGACCUGUUUGGUGCAUGUUACGUGGCCAGCUGUCAUUUGUUCCUGUUGUGCCCUAAAUUGUUUUCGUCGGUGCGUUGUCCUGCCAGAGUGUGACCAAUAGUUAUACUUAAUAUUAUAAAUCGAGACAUUUACCAGUUGGAAAGUGUUGUACAUUAAUGUAAAAUGUACAUUCUUGCAAAAUGUAGUUGGAAUACCAAUGGUCUUUAAAACGCAGCUGCCGGGAGUCGUAUUAAGCCAGAAACUCUCAAAAAGCACCGCAUCGCUUUUGUCGUGGCCGUACACCACGAUAACACUGGCCCGCUUAAAUCUGAAAUCAGCGAGAUUGAAGCUAAUGGUGUGGACUAAAUACUGGGAUUUCAUGUCACGAUCUUUGUUCAAAAGGGUGUACAAGUCUGGUAGAGCUUCAUUGCUGAGUUUGGCGUCCAUGUGUUCGAAAGCAUUGUGGUGUCUCUGUUUAGUCUAUCUAUAGGAAGAAGGCGUUGAAUAAAUUUGCUGAGAUUGUCCUGCUGCGAAACCCGGUUGGUGUAAGGAAAAUAUUCUGUUGCAUGCAUUGUGUCAUCAAUAGCGUUUCAGGGCCAUAUGCAUGCACACCGACGAUAAUACUGUCAAUUUCUCACUGAUUAGGACGACUGAGGUCGUUGAAAGGGCCCAGACGUUCUCGGUUCCAUUUCGGAAUAGCACGUGAAUACAAGGAGACAUCGAUGC